CCGGAGCGCCCGCUCGGCUCAGGCGGGAGAUGCGGCUCCGGGAGCCCGGCGCCCGCGGCCAUGGGACUGGGGCAGGCGCUGGCGGCCGCGGCCAUGUGCGCCGCGGUGCUGGGCUGCGCGGGAGCGUCCCGGCUGCUGAGCGGGCAGACAGUUUGCCGGGGUGGAACUCAGCGACCGUGCUACAAAAUCAUUUACUUUCAUGAUGCUUUGCGCAGAAUCAGCUUUGAAGAAGCACACCAGACAUGCAGAAGAGAUGGUGGACAUUUAGUCAGUAUUGAAUCAGAAUCAGAACAGAGACUGAUUGAAAAAUUGAUUGAGAGUCUCUUGGCUUCAGAUGGAGAUUUUUGGAUAGGACUUAGGAGAAAAGAGGAAGACGUGGACAAUAGCACAGAAUGUCAGGGCCUGUAUUCGUGGUCUGAUGGCAGUACAUCCAAAUUUCGGAAUUGGUAUACAGAUGAGCCUUCCUGCGGGAGUGAGAUCUGCGUUGUGAUGUACCAUCAGCCCUCUGCCCCGGCAGGCGUUGGAGGUUCCUAUAUGUUUCAGUGGAAUGAUGACAGAUGCAACGUGAAAAAUAACUUCAUUUGCAAAUAUUCUCUUGAAAAACCAACUGCUGCCUCAGAAGAGAACUCCCAAGUGGAUGUUGUCACAGGGUCCUUGAAGCCAACGUUCCCAGAAGAACGCAUUAAGGAAGAUGCCAAUGAAACCCUUAAAGAACCCAAAGAACCUGUUUUGAGUCUUGUCUACAUCUUAAUUCCCAGCAUCCCUCUGCUCCUUCUCCUGAUGGUCAUUACAGCCAUCUUCUGUUUUUGGCUUUUUGCAAAGAGGAAACGAGAGCGCAUGGAGGCGAGUCCAAAGGAGCAAGAUGCCUGGAUCUCCCCUCACAGGAAGAACAGUCCCAAUUUGGAGAUUUACAAUGUAAUUAAAAAACAAAUGGAGGCAGAUCUGGCUGGGACCAGACCAGAUAUUAAGAAUUCUUCCUUCCGCAACCCUUCUGGGGACCACACGUCUGACAACUUCUCCGGAGAUUACGACAACGUGGCUGUGAAUACUUCAGAGAGCGGUUUUGUGACGUUGACUAGUACUGAAAGUGGCUUUGUGACCAAUGAGAUCUAUGAGCUGUGCAAUGAUCAGAUGGGACAAAGCAAGGAGUCGGCCUGGGUGGAAAACGAAAUAUAUGGAUAUUAAGGAAACUGGAAACACUUGGAUGUGGGUGACACAGCAAAUAAAAACACGAGUAGUCCCCCACACAUCAUAUUUAACAAUGAACACAAAAAUGGUGUGUCGCAGUGCGUAGUGGUUUCAGAUCACCUCUGUGCUCAUUCAUUUUUUUUAAAGGUUAUGUUAUUUUAAACAGUUAAACACAACAGAAUGUAUUUAGCUUGCCUUGCUUCAAACCCCUGUUCAAUACUGGGAAUGAUCUGUCUUGGUCUUGGUCCUUUUUUUCUUUGGAACUACAAUAUAUCCUGAGCUCCAGACAUGAAAAUAUUUCUACAUCUUUGCAACUAAAAAUCAGUCCAACUUCCAAAUUCUUUCAUUUUGUUGAUGGACCUCAUCCACAUGGAUGUUUUUAAGUCGUACGCCAGCCAUCCUUGCUUUCUCCUAGCUGCACCGGAGAAUGGUGACAGGUUGGUCAUUUGUUUCCAUCUCAAACCAUGUUUUAGUUGCAUGGAUUCCCUCACCGGCUGGUUUGUAGUGUUGCCAGUCAGGCGCUUCAUUAGGGAUUGGCAAUGUAGCCCAUGGUCCUUUCCCUCCUCCUUAGUCCCGCUAGCGAUGCAGGGUUUCUCAGAGACUUUAAAUGAUCUCAUUUAUUUAUUUAAUAAUUUUUAUUAAAAGAACCAAAUAGACAAACGAUUUCAGAAAUCUCAGCAGAUGAGUUGGUGUUGUAUGAUUGACCGUUUUGCCUCACUUAUUCUCCUGGCAAGAGAAUGGCAGAGCAGUGACACAAGCAGCACCUUCUCAGUGUUGUGUAGGAGGGAAAGGGCUAUUGCAAAGCAUUUUUAAAUAGCCUCAGAAGUUGCUGCAAUCUGAUGGGCUUCUGUGUUGGUUUUGCUAUCCAGAGUUAUGCUAAUAUGCCUCAGUGGCAAGUUAAACACUGGUUACUUUAUUACAGAGUAAAUAGCCAGUUACUGACUGAUGGAUUGUAGAUUAUAUUUUUUUUCCCCUCUCAUGCUACUGGAUGCUAUGAAGAUUGAUAAAAUGACUCUUCUCACUGCAUACUGAUGACAUGUUGCUAAUCUCAGCAUGGAUGAGAUUACUAAAAGAGCACAUUUAAUAGAGUUUCUAAGCAGCUAGGAGAAGUGCAGAGUACACCCAAGCCAUGGAGAUGGUAUGAGGGAACCUGCCAAAUGUCUACUCAAGUGACCCUCCGCUGGAGUUUGUAUCUAAAUCCCCAAUAACCCACAAGUAUUUAGAUUGGAGCAACAGCGUGAUUGUAAGGGAUGUACCGACAGCUCUGUGGCGGAAUUAAGUUCCUGCUUUAUCGACUAGUGAAUGCAUUAAGAUUACAAUUAAUUUUUUGAGCUGUUGAUACAUAAGUAUGAGGCUUUUGUUACCAUGUGAAGCCUAAGACAUGGGCUGUGAGAUGAACUGAAUCUAUCUUAAUUAACAGCUGAUAUGUUUUUAAAGCCUUUUGAAGCACAGUACAAGAUUUAAGACAGCCCUCUGAUCAAAGAAUCGGGAUUAUAUAUUGGAAAUGAAGGUGGGCGUCUUUCUUGUCCCUUCUCUCCAGCAUUUUAGCCCAUUUAGUCUCUUUUCUACCUGAGAGGAUAAUGUCAGAUAUCGCAGACAAUGUGGAAAGGAGACUGAAAUAAGUGUGUGACUGGCAAUUUCUUUAUACUGUACUUGUCUGGCUCCUGAUUGCAUGGAGCAGUGCCCAGAGUUGCCUUGAGCCACCUGAAAUUAGUUUGAACACCACAAAGUCUUUCCUAGAAAAGACCAAAACCAAGAUGGACAACGUGCAAACUCUGUGGAUCUGCCAGUGGGCGUGUAUUCUUUGAGAACUGGCUUCCUGUGACUUUUUACUUUAAUACUGCCAAAGAGCCCCUUGUCACGUGUCGAAAAGGCAUUUGAGGGAUUGUAAUGAGGAAGCUAUGAAUCAAAAAGUGACCAAGGAAGUAUUCUCAUUUCCUAUGUAUCCGACAACUGACACAGUUAAAUCUGACUUACUCCAUAAUGGCAACAAGCUAGUUUCAGUCCUCAUGCAAGUUCUGCUACACAAGCGUGAGCUGUGUGGCUCAAAGCUUGUGUCUCUCACCAACAGAUGUGGUCCCAAUAAAAGAUAUUGCCUCACCCACCUUUGAUAAGCCAAGAGAGAGGGAUUUCCCAAACACAAUCUAAUUUAUCCCAACAAAGCUUUACCAUGCUGAACCAUCCAAUACAGCAAGCCUAGCUGUAUCUGUUCUGGGAUGCUGAUGAGCCCUUGAGCAAGAUGUGGCAGGGAGGAGUGGAAUCAGAAUCUGAACUCAGGAGACAGCAGCACUGAUGACUUGGGGUUUACUAUUAACUUGAUGAUCAUUAGAGCUUUCUAAUGCCUGUGUUUUGCUUGUUUGUAUGCAGUCCUUUGAAUUUUUGGAUUAUGGUGACCACGGCUUUGUGUGGUCCACGGGAAGCUUGAUAUAAAUCAUGUGGCAAGGUUCCUGUGCUGUUCAGUGCAGCAGACUGGAGCUCCGGUGUCAGCUUCAGAUAAGUGUAAAAAUGGAGAUUCAUAUUUAAAUAGGAACAAAAAUGAAUACGCUCAUGGCAGGUUCCCCUUAGCUUUUGACUAUUAAAUACCAUUUAUUUCAUGAUCUGUAUGAUGCAGAAUGUGUGGUGGGGUUUUUGUUUUUGUUUUAAAUGCCUGGCUAAUCUUUUUGAGAUGGCAGGGGGAAGCUGGAGGUUAUUACAGCUGCAUAGGCAUUUAGGAAGGUGUGGGAGGAAGCUUGGGUUUGUGAGAUAAACAUGCUAACUGGAUGCAAAAAUGAGGAUCAUCUGUGAAAUAUAUUAAUGUUGACUCUGAAAUUUGCAUCAUUAACAUAUAAGUUUAACACCCCAUUGAAAUGAAUUGAGGGACAGUUCACUCCUAAGCUUUUACUUCAGGCUGUCUGCAAACUCAGGCAGAUAACCUUGCAUUGGUUUGCAUUUGGUUCACAUUUGGAAAGUUUUGGACACCACCCUAAGAGCCUGAGACAUUUGUUUUAAGUUUAUGCUUGGGUUGUGGCUCACAAUUUUGCAGCAAGGGGUGGAUUUUGAGGUAAAUUCUGUGGCUGUGGAAGGAGGAAGUGUGGUCUUGACAGAUAGCAAUGUGUCUUCUGAGAACCUCUUUACAGAGUUCUUGUACCCAUUUCGUCCUGCCAGUAACACUUCUGCUGUGAAUAUGUUCAUUGGGUUGGAUUAUGAAAUGUAUAGCAGCCUGCUGGGAACUAUUAUGUCCAUUCUUUUCCAAGUUUAUCCAGAGAGCUGGCUGCACCAGUCUGGGAUUAGACAGUUGUGAUCUAUCUGUUUCUGCAUGCUCUGAUAUCCCGUCAUGGAAGGUUAACAUGCUUGUUUUUAUGUUCUCACAUUGAAUGUGUCCAGUUCCUGAGAGAUCCCACAGCAUUUCAUAUUGUCUACACUUACACUACUAUCAGUCUGAUUCUGGAGUUGCACGUAUCUCACUGGUCUGACAGUGAACUGAGAGUAUUGAAUAGCAGAGUGCAGGAUACUUGGUGUCUAUUUUAAAGGAGAAGAAGAAUGGUCCAGUGUUUAGGACACUAUCCUGGGACUUGAGACACCUGGGUUCAGUUCUGUACUCUGCCACAGUCUGACCUUGGGCAUGUUACUCAGCUUCUCUCUCUCUCCAUUCCCCAUCUGUAUAAUGGGGAUAAUAGCACUGCCCUACCUCACAGGGGUGUUGUGAGGAUAAAUACAUUAAAGAUUAUGAGAUGC